CACACACACACACACAAUCCCCAUCUGGAAGUACUAAAGUACUAAGUUAUUUUAUAUGUAUAAUGCUAUAGUAACUCGUCACACAUCAUAAAAUAUAAAUUUAUUUAUUGUAGAUCGUCGAGUCCUUUUCCUAUUGGGCAAUGGAGCACAAUAACCAACCCUCACAUAUCAACACGCAUCCUCGUUGCUAGGCUUGAAAUCUUCUUGUCCUUGGCAUUUCAACGCUGGGUAGAAUGCAAGGAAAGUCGGCGGCGCUCGGUAGCUGCAAACAAAUGUCAGUUUGGCCCAUUAUAAUAUUAAAAAUGUAAUAUUAGGAGAGGAGAACCCCCUGAGGGAGCGGGCGCCGCCGCGGCGUGAUCUUAAAUGGGCAAUUUGUUGGGCAACUGGCGACUCAAGGAGCCGAGCACCGUGGAGGAAUGCGACUCGACGUGGGGGUCGGACUCGGAGAGCGACCAGCCGGCGGCAGAAGAGGACAGCGGCAUCUCCGACAGCGUGAGCCCGGUGGAGAACGAGUGGGCCGCCGGAAACAAUGGAGACUCGCCCCCGAAGCUGACUGACUCUCCAGAGUUUCUUCCAAAGAUGAAGAGGAGUUUUUAUGCUGCCAGAGACUUGUACAAAUACCGCCACUGCUAUCCGAAUUACAAAAAGUCCCGGCAACCCAGCGAGUACCGUAACCUGCGUUUCUACCUUAACAAGAUCCCACUCGUACCCGAUGGUAUCUAUAUAGAAGAGAUUUUGACAAGGUGGAGGGGUGACUAUGACAAGCUGGAGCACAAUCACACCUACAUUCAGUGGCUGUUCCCAUUACGAGAACAAGGGCUAAACUUCUACGCACAUGAAUUGACUCAGGAUGAGAUUAAAGAAUUCCAAAGCACUCGAGAAGCCAAGCGGAGGUUCUUGGCAGCUUAUUCCUUGAUGUUGGACUUUUAUGGCAUCAAACUACUUGAUAAGAGCGGAAAUGUUGCUCGUUCUUCCAACUGGCAGGAGCGCUUCCAUCACCUUAAUGAGUCACAGCACAACUACCUGCGCAUUACCCGCAUUCUGAAGUCGCUGGGCGAGCUCGGCUACGAGGCCUUCAAAGCGCCAUUGGUCCGCCUGUUCUUGGAGGAGUCGCUACACCACAACACACUUCCCAACAUGCAACACAGCAUCCUGGAAUACUUUGUAUACACCAUCCGUCAGCCAGCCGCCCGCAGACGGCUGCUGCGCUACGCCCGCCAGCACUACAGGCCUGCUCACGCCUUCCUCUGGGGUCCGCCACCUAAGAGAUCCAAACCUAGAAGCGGAGAUGUUGGUGCUAGUGUGGGGGCUGGCAGCAGCGGGAUCCGAGCACCUGCUCCCACACCGGAACCACAGAGGAGGGAGGAGAUGAACUUCAUCCCUUCCUCUGCAUGUAGCGGGACCCUUGUGUCUUUUCACGAUGCUGCGACGUGGCUGGAGAGAAGCCCGAAUGGAUACACACCACUGGGCUCCAACAUGGAUGGACUGGAGGGAGCACUUAUUAUGAUGCUAGGGAGGAAUGAUUACAGCGAGGUUGUUCCUUUGUAAGGUGCCAUUUGACUGAUACUGACUUUUAAAAAGUAAAGUAGACAUACAGGCAUUAACGUGAAGAAAAAUCUGCUUGUUCUGUAGCUUUUUAGGACCCCAUAUUAUUAAAGAUAAAACUAAGACAUACUGUAGAUUAUUGUAUUUAUCAUUAUUAGUUAUAGUAGAAUAUCCUAAGGGCUUAUGAUAAACACAUACAGUAUUUGCUGUUGAUUAAUUUAAGCUGUGCUCAAGAAUGUUAGCGAGGACAGGACAAGAAAAACUAAAUGUUAUGGACUGAAUACCCCAACCAUGUGAACUUGUUCAGGCCUAAAUCAGGGACAUUUGAACACAAGACUAAAGAUGCCCUUAUAUUUUUUGGUGAUUUGGAGCUUUAGCCAACUUGAUUUCUGAUGUUUUGGAGCACUUCUGAAGCAGGUGCUUGCCAUCGAUACAGUUAAUCAAAUCCUGAACGUGGAGCCACGGUAGGGACCAGAAUGAAUCUGGACAAAGCCUACUUUGUAUAACAACGUGUGAAGCGGGAUUUCAGGGAGAACCUUUCUAUUCUUACUUUUAAAACUCAGUAAAACAACAAACCUGAGUAGGCUAAGAACGUAUAGCAAUACUUUAUCCAUUCUAUAUACUUUAGAGUACCGGUAAUGUGAAACUCAGGUUUUGUGCCUGAGCCCUGUUAAAAUAGUAGAUGCAAGUUGAAACUUAUAUUUUUUGUUACUUGUAAAGACAUUGCACACCUACUAGUAAAGACAGAUUAAUGUGGCUCACUGGUAUUUAUAUAGCCUUUUAAGAUCGGCCAUGCAUUUUUAGUGAGUUAGCUACUUUCAUUCUAAACAGAUUAAUGCAAUAAAUAACUGCAGGUCAAUGACACAAAAAUGGCCAAAUGUAUUUUUGCGGCUCAUGAAACCUUCCACGUUCCAGUCUUGAUUAAUCUAAAACUUAAUAUCUCCGCAAGAUCAAAAUUUUAGUACAUGGCUUACAGGAUCUACUAUUGUUUUUAUGAUUGAAAAUAGUUGGUAGGUAAAUUUGUUUUGAAUUACAAUUAUAUACAUAAUUAUCUAUUCAUUAAAUAACCAACUAAUAAACAAGGGGUAACCACCAAAUUUGUAACCAUAAACUAUUUACAGAUCCUUAAUAAUGACACUCAUAUGUCAAGUAUGCUGUACAGUACCUCUAAAUAUUAAUUACAAACACAUUAUCAAUAGUGUUUGUCUGUUUUGUCAAAGACUAUAGACAGUAUCUUUUUUUUGCCUGAAUAGAAAAGUCAAGUCUGCUACUGGAGGAGUUUCAAUUGUACUUUUAAAAUCUACAGUCUGUCAUGUGUUGUGGCUAAUAUGGAGUAUGAGGGCUGCAUUGAAAAUAAAAUAGAUUAUGCAAAUAAAGUCGUACAAUUCUGUAUACAAACAAUAUCAAUAAGUUCAGAUUUACAAUAAGAAAGUAUUACUACAAGAGAAUAGUUGGAAUGUUAUGAGAAUAAAGUUGUAGAAUGAGCGUAAACAAUCAGAACUGCUGCGAGGACAGAUUCCAACCAUUCUUACAUCGUUGUUACUACGUUUUACCCUCGUAACAGAACUUUUUCCACAUGAUACUACAGUUGUCUUUUUCUGUAAUUCUACAUUUAUUUUAUUUCCAGUGUGGCCCUUUGUGAAGUAGCGAAGAGGAGAACAUGUGAUAUUCAGAUCGGUUGAGGCAAACAGUGGACUUGGACUCCCCAACUGGCUAAAAAUAACAGUUGAAUAAUAUGUGUGCUGAACUUUUUUUUUUUUUUUUGGGACAAUCUGUGUCUUCCCGUUAAAAGCGCUGUAAGAUUACUUCAAAAUGCUGAUAUACUGUCAAGAGAGCUGUAUAUACAAGUGCAAGCUAUACUUUGUAGGAUUCACAUAUUUAUAGUUAAUAUAUGUCCAUUUCAAGAGUGAAUAUACACAUAGGCUAAAUGACAAACUGACUGUGAUAGUGAAUUGUAUGUGAACUAUGAGCCCAUAAAUGUGAGUCUUUCAUACUCUAUUAUGAACAUGCACUAAAAACACAGACUUAAUUCUUAUUUUAUUUGUUUUACGUGAGCAGCGCCUUAUACCAGAGUGAAAAUAGUAGUCUUAUAUCCUAGGCUCUGUUGAGUGUCUAAAUGUACUGUAUAUUCUGCAUAAGGUUGGCAAGAUCGCCGUUUUUGGGGUUUUACUAUAAAUAAGACAGAGCACCGCAGGAAGAGUGUCUUUUGCUCAGCCAGACAGGCCUUAGCAAAUUCAUUUUUAAAUAUAAUUUGGCAGAUGCUAGUGUUUGGAAAGAUGACGCCUUUAUUGACUUCCCGUAGUGUUCUUCCUGCUGGCUGACGUACCACAGCCAUGCAUUUGAUAAAAUUGUAAAAAAUAAAUAAAUAAAUGUUUCAGGUGAAAUGUGUUCACAUGGGCUAAACUGGUUCACUUUUUUGCAUACUGUAUGUAUUAUCGAUACUGUUUAUGUGGAUAUGACCCUAGUUUGGAUAAGCGGUAAAGAAAAUGGAUGGAUGGAUGUAUUAUCUAUGCUGUAUAUGUGGAUGUGAGAGUGUGUGUAAUACUAUUAAGUGCCUCUUUUGUAGUUUAUUGGUGUCUGAAAGGAUAGAACUUCCCAAUCACUUCUUGUAAACAGUUUUUGUAUAGAAUUUUAAUGAUCUAUUUCAAUAUAGUCCUCUUCAGUAUGAGUAAUUAUCUUGCUAAAGUAAAGGAAUAUAUCUCAUAAACAUUGUAUUGGGCUCAUUUAAUCAAUACUAUUGUUCCGUGGUUCACUAUUAUUAUAUUCGUACUUACUUCCUGGACUUUACAGUAUUAGUAAGCUUAUACAAUAAUGUAAAAUGAAUGCACAUAAUAUGAAAUAAAAAUUGGGCUUGUGGUUGAAAA